AUGCCGGUCUAUGACUACCUGGUUGAUAGGAUCCGUACCCACGAUCCGACCCGCUUGAUAUUCUACGAGCCGGUCACCUGGGGCGUGUUCGGCGCUGGAGACGCAGGCUGGACGGGCACCGGAUUUGACAGGGUACCGGGCAGCCUGCGAAAUCGCAGUGAGCGGAACCGUAGUGUUCUUUCCUAUCACUACUAUUGUUGGUUGCUGCAAACUGAUGAUCCGGCAAGUGAGCUGCCAUUUUGGAAGGAACUUCUUUGCGAUGAGGUAAUCACUUUAUCCAUGUUUGAUGGUUUGACGAUGGGCAAAUCUUUCGAAGCAUGUAGCGCGCCAGAGAGUUGCUUGAAGUAA